AUGUGUGCAGUGGGCUUGCGCAGUUCGAAAACAGGACGGGGCGCAGGCCGUGCAAUUGGGCUUGUCACGCUGCUGUCCUGCGCUGCUGCCGAGCUCGGACAAUACUGCUUUUGUGGCGAAAGUCUGAUGGGAUACCCAGGCUCGUGUCGGUUUGCGACAAGCUCUGGGAAUAGAGAUCUUGGUGCUGAGAACCGGCAGUUUGCGAGACCCAAGAAAAGGGAGCUUGAGCCAUUUGCUUUCGAAGCUGACUUGGGAGACCACUGCGAGACCCCAGGCAUUGCUUACCGGCACAUCACGCCUCUGCUCCGAGAAAUUGCCACUGCAAAGUUUCCAGACCAGCACUGGAGGGUGGCAUCUAAGCAUCUGCAGAUCUACGACCCAUACUACUGCCAGGGCGGCGUCAAGCAGCGCCUUGCACGGCUGGGUUUCGAAAGUGUAUACAACGAGAAUGAGGAUUUCUAUAGGGUCUGUGAAGAGCAGCACGUUCCAAAGUUUGACGUGCUUGUGACUAACCCGCCCUUUUCAGCAGAGAAGCACUUCUCUUUCAUCUUGGAGUUCGUGGUCAAGACUGAAAGGCCCUGGUUCUUAAUCCUGCCGGUGAAAGAGAUCUUCCGAGAUCUCUUCGUGCAGACCACGCGGACACUGCCAUCCACCCUGCAACCGUUCUUUCUCGCUCCUCCGAAGAAGUACAACUUCAAGACUCCGUCGCCGUUGCCACCUCCACCCACCCAAAAUCGUGCCAAGGCCAGAUCCAGGAGUCGACUCACGCACACUUUGUGGGUCGCACAUGGAGGGACUGAGUCGCUCCACAAGCUUCUCCUCAAGGCUGCACAAGACAGCCUCUGCACGGUGGCCGAGCGGCCAGGCGAGCUGCCGAAGGAGGGCCUGCCUGGAGACCCCACCGAGGAGAUGCGCCGGAACAUAGAGGCGGCCUUCGCCGUGUGA